AUGGAUAUUCUCCGCUUGUUAAAGUGCUGCCACCGGCACCGAAACAGACGAAACUCACAGCCGCCGCAGGUAUGUUUGAGGCCUAUGCGAUAUCUGCAGUACGAAGUAGGGGUUUCCCCUGAAAAGCGAAUAGAGGAGCAGCAAGAGCAGCAGCAAAAGCAGCAGCAACGACAGCAGCAGCAGCAGCAACAGCCAACGCACAAGCAGCGAGUGAAGCCGCAGCAACCGCAGCAGCAGCAGCAGCAGGCGCUGCGGCACCCUCUUGCUUCUUCGUCUCAGGGCUCCGUCAAGCUUCCGAGUGCAGCAGAAACAGCAGCAGCUUGGCCUCCUGCUGCAGCAUCAGCAGCAGCAGACUCCGCAGCAGCAAACUCUGCAGCAGCAGACUCUGCAGCAGCAGCAGCGGAGGCCCAUAGAACAGCAGGAAAACCAGCAGCAGCAGCAGCAGCACAUCGACCGAAGGAGAGACAGCCAACGCCAGCAGUAACAGCAAACACGGCGGCAGAGGCAGCAGCAAAUGCUGCUGCAGCCGCAGGAGCAGAAACAGACUUAAGUGAAGCAAGCGCAGCACCAAAAGAAGCAAGAGCAGCACUGCCAGUAGCAACAGCAGCAGCAGCAGAACACCACCUGGCAGGCAAAGCAGCAGCAAAAGGAGCACAGGCAAGGAAGGAGACGGCAGCAGCAGAAGACGGUGGAGCAGAGGCAGGAGCAGCGGCAGCAGCAACAGCGGAGGCAGCAGCAGCAGCAGCACAAGCAGCAGCAGCAGCAGCAGCAAAAGCAGCAGAAGCGGAGGCACCAAGAGCUGUUGCAGCAGGAAGAGCGGCACAGGCAGCAACAGCAGCACUGUCCCAAACAGGUGAGGCAGCAGCAGCAGCAACAGCAGCAGAGGCAGCAGCGGCUGAUGAGGCUGCAGCAGCAACAGAAACAGCAGCAGAUAUUGCAACAACAGAAGCAGCAGCUGCAGCAGGAGCAGCAGAAACAGCAGCAGCAGCGGCGGAAGAAGCGAUUUCUCUAGCAGCAGAGCCUGUGAGAGCAGCAGGGACAGCAAGGGGAGCAGCAACUGCAACUGCUUCUGGUGCAGCAGCUGCAGCAGAAGAAGCAGCAGCACGCAAAGCAGAAGCAGCCAUAACGGCUGCAGAAGCAGCAACAGCAGCAGCAGCCAACGCGACAGCAGCAGCGGCUAAAACGAAAGCCGACGCAGAAGCAACAGAAGCAGCAGCAGCAACAGCAACAGCAGCAGCAGCAGCAGCAGCAGCAGCAACAAUGACUGGAGUAGCACAGCCUGCUGAGUCGUCUGCAGCAGCAGCACCCACCGGAACAACCGCAGAAACAGCACCUAAAGGGGCGGACGCAGCAGCAGCAACAGCAGCAGCAGCAACAGGAACAGCAGCAGCAGCAACAAAAACAACAAUUGCUGUCGUACCACGCAACGAGGAUGCCUCUGGAGGCAAAAUGGGGGCGACCCUAUUUGAUGUCGAGAGGGGCCUCUGCACUUUCAGAUUUUGGGGGCCCCACGUAGCUGAGGCCUGGGUGGAGAUUGGCGGGAGUCGGUUCCCUUUUGAGAAGGAAGGAGGAGACCAGUGGUCUGUUUGCCUUUCGGGUGUACGCACAGGGGCUUCUUAUCAUUUUGUUUUUACUUCAAACUGCAACGAUUGCUAUCAUCAAGAAGGGGAAUUCCUUCACAGACCACCCACCGGAACAACCGCAGAAACAGCACCUAAAGGGGCGGACGCAGCAGCAGCAACAGCAGCAGCAGCAACAGGAACAGCAGCAGCAGCAACAAAAACAACAAUUGCUGUCGUACCACGCAACGAGGAUGCCUCUGGAGGCAAAAUGGGGGCGACCCUAUUUGAUGUCGAGAGGGGCCUCUGCACUUUCAGAUUUUGGGGGCCCCACGUAGCUGAGGCCUGGGUGGAGAUUGGCGGGAGUCGGUUCCCUUUUGAGAAGGAAGGAGGAGACCAGUGGUCUGUUUGCCUUUCGGGUGUACGCACAGGGGCUUCUUAUCAUUUUGUUUUUACUUCAAACUGCAACGAUUGCUAUCAUCAAGAAGGGGAAUUCCUUCACAGAC